GUAGGGUAGAUAAAACAGGAAGAACAAAAAGUUGGCCAGCUCACACUCAGUGUCAAAAUGUACGUUUUAGUGGGUGAACAUGGAGUCAAAAAAAUACGCUCAUAUCGUCCAAUUGAUACUUGAUCGUGUAAAUAAUAUAUUUAUAUUAAAACAAGAUAAUCAUUAUAAAUGUUUAUUGUAUAAUGUUAACAAUUUAUUAGCAAUGUGACGCAUUGUCAUGUUCAUUUAAGAAGACAGAUAUGAAGAGAAGAGAUAGAUAUCGCUAGGUGCGAUAUUAUUAUUAGUAAUAGCUAUAGGAAACACCAUUAAAACAUUUGUCUUCGUUAGAAUGGAAUAAUUUUGUAAGAUUAACAAAAAAAAUUCAAUCAACGUCAAUCUCUAUUCGAUGAUUAAUAAUUAACAAUAAAAUCAUUGUUCGAUUUUGUUGACAAUCGUCAAUAAUUUCAUCAAAUCCAGAUAACAUCGAAAUCACUAGAUUUAGUGAUACGUUUGCCAACACAGCAACCUUGUUCAUGUCAUAACCGACAAUUUUCGAAAAACCUAAACUUUAGACAAUUAUAUCAUAUAAAAAUGGCUUGCGAGGCAUGCAAAUCUAAAUUUAAUUUAUUUAAACGUAGAAAACAAUGUACAGGCUGUCUACGUUAUUUUUGUUCAGAAUGUCUUAUAAAACGUAUUGACAAAACAUUUAAUUGUGAGAAUUGUGGUGUGCUAUCGCAAAGACCGCUUAUUCGCAGUCAAAUUAUGCGAAUGCGUUCCAGGGAUUUACGCCAAUUUCUUUUAGCAAAAAAAGUAUCUAUUAAAGGAUGCGUUGAAAAAGAAGACUUGGUAAACUUACUAUUGAUAUAUGCAAAUGGUACAGCAGAUAAUUUAGAAGAAGAAAGAAAUUCUACGAUAAUGCAGAAUACUGUUACAGAAGAAUUACCUCAAACAAGUACUGCAGAUAUUACGUUACCUGAUACACCAAUACAAUUAGAAAAUUAUACAAAUGUAAUAAGUGAGGAAACAAGUACAACAGAACACACUGAAUUCCAAUCAGAAUGUGUAACAGUUAAUAACAUAGAAAUAGAAGAAGUAUCAGCAAGUGAUUAUAGUCCAGAUAAUGGACCAGAACCUUUAAUUACUGAACAAGAUGAAGAUUCAGAAACAUUAGAUAUAAAACAAUCGACUAUGUUAACAGAAAUUCCUGUGUGGUCUGGUCUUGUCAAGCUAUCAGAUAUAAAUGAAUUAUCACAAUUGGAACACUUAAGUGUGAAACAAUUAAAAACUCUUUUAAUAACAAAUCGUGUUGACUUUAAAGGUUGUGUUGAAAGGUGUGAAUUAUUGGACAGAGCAUCUAGAUUAUGGGAAGAACAUAAUCAAGCUAGAGCAGAUAUGGAUAAUAUAGAUACAGAAGAUAUUUGUAAAAUUUGCUGGGAUGCACCGAUUGAAUGUGUAAUUCUAGAAUGUGGUCACAUGGCAUGUUGUAUUAAUUGUGGAAAACGAAUGUCUGAAUGCCCAAUAUGUAAGCAGUAUGUUGUUAGAGUUGUGCGAUUUUUUAAAGCUUGAUGAAGUAAAUUAUUUGAAUAACUGAACUUAUAGUAUUUAAAUUUGUGGAUCUGCAAAGAAAACAGUACGUAGAAAGAAAGGAAAGAAAGAAAAAGAAUAUCUAGAAUUACUCUAUUUGCUUUAAUAAUAUAAUUCCGUAUAAUUAGCAAAGAAUUGAAAUAGAAUUUAAAAAAUUAAACUCUAUUAAAACAAAGAUAGAUAAAAAGGAGAAAUAUGUAAAGAUUAUUUUUGUUGAUGUAUGCUUUCAAACAAUGAAUAUUUUAAAAUCUACUUCUAUAUAUACACACUUGGAGAAAAUAUUAACAUUAAAAACAGUAUUGAAUGUUAUAUUUCUGCAAAUGAAUAUUUGUAAAAACUGUUUUUCAUAUAAAUUUAAUUAUAUUCAAUUAUUGCAUUACUGCAUAUAUUAAUAACAAUCGUGGAUUCCGUAUUAUUGAAAAGCAUAUACAGUAAUUAUUAUACAUCAUUAACAAAAUUAUAUUGCAUUAUAUAUAUAUAAAUAUUACUAAAUCUUACCACGAGUUAGAUCUCAAUGACUAAGAACAUUUGUAUAAAAGCUGUGAUAUUCUCAUAUUAUCACAAGUAGAUAGCAAUGUAUAGAUUUAUUGUACAAAAUGUAUUCUUUAAAUAUUAGGUACCAUACGUACCAAAUUUGACAUUGUGAUAUGCAGAAUUUCCUAUAAAAAAGGAAAUAUAAUCAUCACUUAUUACCUCUAAAAUAAACAUGCAACAUAUUCUGUUUAUUUGAUUCAUAUUUAGAGAAAAGUACAGAUAAUUUUUUAUGUCUUUUAAUAACAAUAUUUUUCAAACAUAAUAUAUAGUAAUUUUUUAUCAUUAACAUAAUAAAUGAAUGUAUUUUUUCAUAGAGCAAAUUAAUUGAUUCUACGCGUAAAAAGAUGGUGUAGAUAUUAUUAUAUUCAAAUAAAUGUAAAUAGCAG